AUGGCAUAUGCACAUGUCCAGAUGUUCAUGGAAAAGCUGAAGCAGCUGAUAUACUCCAAUGAUAUUCCAGUGAUCAAGGAUAAUCCAUCAAUUGUACAUGAAAGGCCUCAAUUCCAACUGCUUUAUGAAGAGCUUGGCUCCAUGAUCCAAACCCUUUUCAACAACGAAGACCAAGAUAUACACAACUUUGAAAAAGUCAGAAAACUGAAGAAAAGAUUCAAAGUUGCAGCUGAAGAGGCAGAUGAUAUAGUUGAUAUUUUUGUAUCUGCUGUCCACUUUAGAAAUAAUGGAUAUUUCCCUAGAUCUGAUGUCUUUCACCCCUCUCUCCACCUUGAGGUUGUUAUGAGAUCAAUCGAGUCUAUCAAGAUAGAGUUCAUGACCAUUAACAUCGAUAACAUGAAGAUGGACUCUUCUCUGAAAACUAACACACUGAAAAUGCAAUCUGCUGGCACUUCCCACAAUAGAAAUUCAAGGGGUUCGAAGAAAUUAUUGGAAAAAGUCGUUGUGGGGUUUGAUCGUGAUGCUGAGAUAAUACGGGACAAAAUUGCUGAAGAUGGGAAGCAGUUGGAUGUGGUGUCUAUUGUUGGUAUGGGUGGAAUAGGUAAGACUACCCUUGCUAACAAAGUCUACACUGAUCCUUUUGUUGUUUAUCAUUUUCAUGUCCGUGGAUGGGUCACUGUUUCACAGACAUAUGACAAGCGGGAUCUGUUGAUUCAAGUUCUGUCAUCCAUAGAUGAUCAAUUAGAGCUUAAGAAAGCAUCGUACUCUCAACUUCAUGAAAUGCUGCACAGGAGCCUAUACUGUCAGAGAUAUUUGAUUGUCAUUGAUGAUAUCUGGAGUAAAGAGGCAUGGGAUAAGUUGAAGUUGUUUUUCCCAGAUCAUAACACCGGAAGUCGAAUUCUACUUACUAGUCGCCUCACUGAAGUUGCUGCACAUGCAAAAUCACUUGGACUCAUUCAUCAUUUACAACAUUUGACAGAAGAAGAAAGUUGGAAGUUGCUGUGUGAGAAGGUGUUCAAAGGAGAUGAAUGUCCCAAAUGGUUGAUUGAACCUGGUAUGCAAAUUGCAAAAAUCUGUCACGGAUUGCCUCUUUCUGUGGUUGUGAUGGCAGGAGUUCUAGCAAAAGAACCAAGGCAUAAAGAUGUGUGGCUAAAAAUCUCUUGCAGUGUCCAUUCGUACAUUGCUGGUGACGAGAAAGGGUGUCUUGAAACAAUAGCAUUAAGUUUCCACCAUCUGCCUCUUCACUUGAGAGACUUCUUUCUCUAUCUUGGUGGGUUUCCAGAAGACUACCUGAUCUCCUCACCAUGGUUGCUUUGGGUAUGGAUAGCUGAGGGAUUUAUACAAGAAGAUGGAAGUCAAAGCUUGGUGGAAAUUGCAAACGGUUACCUGAUGGAUCUAGUUGACAGAAAUCUUCUAAUUGUAGAACAAUUGUUUGCUUGGUGUGAUGUCAGUGUUUGUAAAGUCCAUGAUCUUGUGAGGCAGCUAUGUGUGGAAAAAGGAAAAGAAGAAAGAUUCUUCUUGAAAAUUUGGCUGGCCACCAUCUAA